AUGAGCACCAGCUUUUCAUCUUCCUCAUUUGACAUUUCGUGCAUUGAUUCUAAAAAUCUGAAGAUUCAGAUCAUAGCAUAUGAUUCUUAUCAGUGCGCGCCAUCAUCCAUAGAUAAACAAAAUGUUACCAUAAAUGGCUUGUCUACAAAAGAAGUGCUAACGGAGGAGUUUGAGGAUGUGCCGAUAAUUAGAAUAUAUGGCAGAUUACAGACUGGCCACACUUGUCUUCUUCAUGUUCACAACAUUUUUCCUUAUUUAUAUAUACCAUAUCAGGGACCCAUUCCCAAAGAUGAUAGAGAAGUUCAAAACAGACUCUGCAAAUUAUUAGUCGAGAUAAACAAGAAGUUGAAGCAAUCAUUUCAACGGAAGGAUGGUGAAAAUUUAAAAAAGAAAUCUAGGAGAAGAAACCGUCUGAAAAAUGAAAAAGAGCAAGAUGAAUCAGAUUUUGAAACUGCUUCACCUGGUAGUGACGAUAGCAAUAACAACAGCUUUAAUUCUGCUUCCAAUUUUGUUUCUGAUCUUUCUGUUGUGAAAGGAGUUCCCUUUUAUAAUUAUUCAGUUGGUUCAGAUCCGUUUGUGAAAAUAAGUUUGCUUAAUCCCCGAUACACAGUUCGUCUCUCACGUUUGCUUAGUGAAGGUGCCAUUCUUGGCCACAAAAUACAACCUUUCGAAGCGCAUAUUCGAUAUAAUUUUCAGUUCCUUCUCGAUUAUAACUGCUACAGUUGUAAUUGGAUAUCGCUUUCACAGUUUUUCUGGAGAUCUCCAUUAGUAAUUCUUAAAGAUAGAGAGGAUUACCAAUUAUUUUUUGAUACUCCCUUCACAGCAUUCAACCGAUUCAAGAUUACACCUAUGCUAAAAAAGUUUAUGAGCUCUUACAUAUUUGAUGAAGGUGCAGAAGGUUCGAAUAUCUUAGAUCCCGAUGAAUUUCCAAGGAUAGGACGUACUCUAGUUGAACUGGAUGCAUCAGCCUCAUGGAUUGAAAAUAGGAAAGAGAUUGCAGAACGACCAUUGCACUUAUCCAUGACAGAAAAUGAAGCACUGAAAUAUCCAAACGAGAAAUAUAUUAGUUCCACGAAAGCUAUAAUAGCAGAUGUGAUGUUUUUAAGGAAGGAAAGGUCACUUCCACAAACUUCAAAGCUGAAGCUUUUUGAUGAUAUCAAACGAGAAUUUAAAGGAGAAAAGUGGGUGGAGAUCGAGGAGUUGAGAAAGCAAUUUGAAUAUUGCUAUGAUUGUUCCAUGAAGUAUUUUAAGAAAGGUCAACGUGGAUGCAGUGUGGAUGAAACCGCUGUUAUAAUUCAGAGGCAAUGGCUUCAAAGAUACCCUACCAGCUUUGAGAGUGUUUGCAUACUUCAAUAUACCCCAAAAAUACAAGAAAUCAGUACUUUACAUCUUAAAAAAAACAAUGUCACUCCGGAAAAUAUUUUGGAUGUUCUUCUGGGCCAAGUUCAUAGCAAUGCGAAUAAGCUAUCACAAGCUGGAGAAACAUUUUUAAAUUCCAUAGAUGAAAAUCAGGAACAAAAUGUAUCUCCAUCUGAUUCUGAUGGCAAUAUUGAUGAAAAUCUAGCGGAGAUGGAAAGCAAUGCAUGUGAUAACGCUGAAAACCCGGAUUUAGACACAAAGAAGGAUACUCUUCCUAGUGGAUUACCAGGCAAUACCUUGAAAAAAGAUUUGCCAAGUAACACUCAAAGUGAGAUUCAGGAAAAGAAAACUGCCAUAGAUGCUGGAAACCUGGAUAUAAAAAUCUACAAAGCAACGCAGACUGCAUUUAAGUCAUCUAUUCACAGGGAAUUUCCAAAGUCGCAAAUGGCAACUAAAAAUUCUGAAUCCUUCCUUUUACAUCCAUUGAAGGAACGAGAAACUACAAAAAAAAUCCUCUUACGGUAUCAACUAAAUCCACCGAGGUAUGAAACAUACGAUGACUUUCUCAAUAGUUUUGAGCGGGAAUUUGGGAUGUUGAAAAUAAAUUACAAGAGUCCAUAUUAUUCGGACAGAGAAAAUUAUGAUAAUUAUCCAUUCUACUUUGCUGGAAAGAAGUUUAACCUAAAUUGUCUUGAUAUUGAGGGACUGGCACACUAUCAAGGCGUUGGCAAUGGUGAACCACAUCCAGAUUUUGAUAUAAAUCCAAAAAUCCAGAGCGUGUGGAGAUUUACUGCAAAAGCACCAAAUUACAAUGAUGUUCAUAAAUGGUUAUUAGAACAACCAUCGAACACGUUCAUUAAUAGAUCAUUACUUUUGGAAUCAGAGAUUGAACCGAUUACUCAGAAACAUACUUCCACGGAUAAACGGUUUGAAGAACCAAUUGAAAGAAAGUCAACGCAUUUUGCAAGAUUAAUAACUUUGAUAAUGGAAUUGCAUAUAACUACUCGAAAAGAUUUACAACCGGAUCCGGCGAAAGACUCGAUUGGGGCAAUCUUCUGGAAUUUUGAUAAAUCACACAAUCCUUACCCCUUGAAUCUUCCAAAAGCUGGCAUUUUCUUACUCAGAAAUAAUACAGUACAUAUGGAUAUAGAUUGGGGGAAUAUUCUUAAUAUACCCAUACGCAUAUUCGAUGAAGAGGAGGAAAUGAUUUCAUCAUUGGUGGGUUUGGUUGAACUAGUUGAUCCUGAUAUUUUGAGUGGUUACGAGAUUCAUGCCGCAUCAUGGGGAUAUCUGAUUGAAAGAUGUAAGAUUGUUUAUGACAUUGACCUAACAAUCAGAUUAUCGAGAGUCUGUCAGAAGCAGAGAAAUAAAGUAGGGGAUCGAUGGGGAUAUACACAUGCUUCAGCAAUAAGAAUCACGGGCAGACACAUGCUAAAUAUAUGGAGGCAGUUAAGGGGGGAGACAAAUCUUGGAAGCUAUUCGGUUGAAAAUGUUACAUUUCAGGUCUUAGGACGUCGAAUUCCUCAUUAUAGUACGGAAACACUAACCCAAUGGUUUACAAACAAUAAUCCUUAUUCUUUAUCAAGCCUCAUCUGGUACUAUUAUCAUAGGAUCAUAAUUGAGGGAGAGAUUAUUGAAAAGCUUGAGAUCAUAGAAAAGAUUACGGAACAGUCCAGAUUAUUGGGAAUUGAUUUUUAUUCUGUUAUUUACAGAGGUUCACAAUAUAAGGUGGAGAGUUUACUUGUUCGUCUUGCUAAGGCGGAGGAUUACAUCUUGAUAUCUCCUUCGAAAAAGCAAGUGUUUAAUCAAGAUUCAUUGGAAUGUAUACCUUUGGUACUGGAGCCAGAAAGUGCACUUUACAGAAGUCCAUUAGUCGUGCUUGACUUUCAAUCUCUAUAUCCAUCCAUUAUUAUUGCUUACAACUAUUGCUUCUCGACCUUAUUAGGGAAGAUGAGGGAUUAUAAACCCGGUAGAUAUCAAAAGCUCGGUGUCACAAGACAAAAAUUCCCUCCUGGAAUUAUUCCUCUUCUAAAGGAUCUGAUUACCCUUUCACCCAACGGCUUAAUGUUUGUGAAAAGUACUGCUAGAAAAUCCUUGCUUGCAAAGCUGCUCACAGAUAUUUUGGACGCGCGACUUCUUGUCAAGGGAACUAUGGGAUCGUUGCAUAAUGAUCAUGAUGUUAAUAAGAUUUACAAUAAUAGGCAGCUUGCAUUGAAGAUGAUCGCUAACGUGACAUACGGAUAUACAUCUGCCACGUUUUCUGGUCGUAUGCCCCAUUCAGCCUUAGCUGAUGCAGUGGUCUCUUCCGGAAGAGAAACUUUACUAAGAGCUGCUUCUGAAAUUGAAUCUAACCCUAAAUGGGGUGCUAAAGUAGUUUAUGGUGAUACUGAUUCAUUGUUUGUAUAUCUUCCUGGUAAAACAAAAGCCGAUGCCUUUCGAAUGGGAACGGAAAUGGCUUCUUACAUUACCCACAUUAAUCCCGCUCCGGUUAAAUUGAAGUUUGAGAAAGUUUAUCAUCCAUGUGUUCUCGUUAGCAAGAAAAGAUAUGUCGGUUGGAAGUAUGAAUUCGAGGAUCAGAAAGAGCCAAUAUUUGAUGCAAAAGGAAUAGAAACUGUGAGAAGAGAUGGAAUACCAGCACAGCAGAAGAUUAUGGAAAAGGCUAUUACCAUCUUAUUCAAGACUAUGGACAUUUCCGCAGUGAAGAAGUAUGUUUGUGCACAAUUCAGUAAGAUAAUGCGGGGCCAGGUGAAUUAUAAGGAUUUUAUUUUUGCCAAGGAAGUCAGAUUAGGGACAUAUAAAAAUGAAGCUUACUUACCUCCAGGAGCCAGAGUUAGUAAAAGAAAGCUUUCUCAUGAUCAUCGUGCAGAACCACAGUAUAAAGAGCGCGUUAAAUAUAUUGUGAAGAGAGGAUUUAAAGGCGAGGCUUUAAAAAACAGGUGUAUGUCUCCAGACGAAUUUUUGAAGGACAAUACCGCUAAACUUGAUGCCGAGUACUAUAUUACCAAAGUUGUGGUGCCACCAUUGGAAAGAAUAUUUAAUUUAAUGGGAGUAGAUGUAAGAUGCUGGUACAAUGAAAUGCCCAAAUAUCUUGAUUAUGGAAAUCCAAGAGACACAAAAUUUAAAGGAUUGAAUAUAAAUUACAGGAAAUGCAUUUUGUGCAACGGUAUUUUGCUCAAAGAUAGUGAUAAAUCGUUGUGUCCGGAAUGUGCUGAAUCCAAACAUGAAACUGUAUUAAAACUCCAGGAAAAAUUAUUGAUCAAAGAAAAGCAGAUGAGUGACAUUUCGAUGAUUUGUAGUGCAUGCUCUCAAAGAAUAACUGAUUACCAUCAAACUAAGGCAGAGGGAUCCCAUGCUUGUGAGAAUUACGAUUGCCCAUUAUAUUACAAAAGGGAAAGAACGCAAAUGCAGCUUGACAUUCUUAAAACCAACAUAGAAAAAGUAUCCAGAGACUGGUAG